CGAAGGGAGGGGGAGGCCUGUCAGUCUCUGGCGUUGCCUGGGAGAAGAGGGCGGAGCUUUGGCGUGGGGCGGCCAAUAGUGGGGGUGGCUGCGUGGGUCGCCAUGGGGACGGGGCUGUUCCCGGGGAGGCUGUGAUGGGUUGACAGGUGCGUGACAGUGGGAGCUGCUCUCGGCACAAGCAUGUACGGCAAAGGCAAGAGUAACAGCAGCGCCGUCCCGUCCGACAGCCAGGCCCGGGAGAAGUUAGCACUCUAUGUAUAUGAAUAUCUGCUCCAUGUAGGAGCUCAGAAAUCGGCCCAAACAUUUUUAUCAGAGAUAAGAUGGGAAAAAAACAUCACAUUGGGGGAACCACCAGGAUUCUUACAUUCUUGGUGGUGUGUAUUUUGGGAUCUCUACUGUGCAGCUCCAGAGAGACGGGAAACAUGUGAACACUCAAGUGAAGCAAAAGCCUUCCAUGAUUAUAGUGCUGCAGCAGCUCCCAGUCCAGUGCUAGGAAACAUUCCCCCAGGAGAUGGCAUGCCAGUAGGUCCUGUACCACCAGGGUUCUUUCAGCCUUUUAUGUCACCUCGGUACCCUGGAGGUCCAAGGCCCCCAUUGAGGAUACCUAAUCAGGCACUUGGAGGUGUCCCAGGAAGUCAGCCAUUACUCCCCAGUGGAAUGGACCCAACGCGACAACAAGGACAUCCAAAUAUGGGUGGGCCAAUGCAGAGAAUGACUCCUCCAAGAGGAAUGGUGCCCUUAGGACCACAGAACUAUGGAGGUGCAAUGAGACCCCCACUGAAUGCUUUAGGUGGUCCUGGAAUGCCUGGAAUGAACAUGGGUCCAGGUGGUGGUAGACCUUGGCCAAACCCAACAAAUGCCAAUUCAAUACCAUACUCCUCAGCAUCUCCUGGGAAUUAUGUAGGUCCUCCAGGAGGUGGAGGGCCACCAGGAACACCCAUCAUGCCUAGUCCAGCAGAUUCAACUAAUUCUGGAGACAACAUGUAUACUUUAAUGAAUGCAGUACCUCCUGGACCUAACAGACCUAAUUUUCCAAUGGGUCCCGGGUCAGAUGGUCCCAUGGGUGGAUUAGGAGGAAUGGAGUCACAUCACAUGAAUGGCUCUUUAGGCUCAGGAGAUAUGGACAGUAUUUCYAAGAAUUCUCCCAAUAAUAUGAGCCUGAGUAAUCAACCGGGCACUCCAAGGGAUGAUGGUGAAAUGGGGGGAAAUUUCUUAAAUCCUUUUCAGAGUGAGAGUUACUCCCCUAGCAUGACAAUGAGUGUGUGAUCCAUUACCAAGUCUCCUUAUGAAAACCACAGUGAGUCAGCCCUUCACAGAACUACUACGGAAGAAAAUUAUUCAUCACAGUGUACAGUUAAACAAAGGAAUCUCGGCCAMACCAAACCAAUCUUUUUAUUUCCUGCUCUCUCCCCUAUUUUGUGAAGAAAGCAGGUCCAAAAGUGAUCCAAACAACUGUACGGAGCGGCACAUCAGAAUUGCCCUAAACUGAACUGCAAAUAAUUAUCUGUGUAUGUAUAUGUGUGGGAAAGAGAAUGUAUCGUAUAUGCGGAUGUUAUAUGGACAUAUACGCAUACAUACAUUGACCCACGGGACAUUGUAAAAUAUAUCACAUGACAUCUUAAGUAGAAAUAAGUAGGGACUUUUAUUCCAUCCUUUUUUUCACGUUUACAUUUUAAUUAUUAAAAGUUGCUCCUGCCCCUUCCCUGAACUAUUUUGUGCUGUGUAUAUCACUGCUUUAUAUAAGUUAUUUUUUAAGGUGAACUCAGAUGUUAUGGUUUUGUAAAUGUCUGCAAUCAUGGAUAGGAAUAAAAUUGCUUAUUUGAGAGCUUUCAUUAAAUCGUGUGUCAUGCAAGUUAUCCUGUGAAUCCCAAAGUGUACUGUCUCAAGAAAUGAAAGUGUGUCUUCAUCCUAUGUCAAAUCAAACAAUUUCUCAGUUACAUUCAGUKAAAAGUAUUUUUGUAUUUUUUUAUUUGAGAAAAACACUUCAAAUCAACAAAAGCUUAACUGGGGCCUCACACAGUAUAUUUCUGCAAUAACUGCUUUAAAGGGAGUUCUUGAUCUGUUUGUCAAGAUGUUAGAUGAUACAGAAAUCAUUAAUUAGCUCAGAUUACCUAGACCAUAGCAAUAAAGUGACAGGGGUUGUCAUAUUUUAGCAACAUAUAUCUCCUUAACAUGAUAAAGCCCAGAAGUAAUAAUAAGACCAUUUGCUUGGAUUUGUCACUUCUCACCAGACAUAUUAGAGGUAAAUUUUUAAAACAUACUAGUGUGAAAUGGUAUCUGGUUUUUAUUCAGACUUCCUGUGAACAUAUCUACAUAGACCUUGCAAGGAAACACAUUGAAACGUUUGGGAAUUUCAACUCAAGGAAGAAAAGAGCUAUUAGGACAGCUGAAGACUUCUGGAACGCUACCUUUUUGAGCCUGCGUUUUGCUUGUUAUCAGCAGAAUGGACUGGUAUCAGUCACUUCUGCUGUCCCUUCUCACUAGCAGCAGAGCACCUGCUCUAUUUYCAGUACAGAGAUCUUCGAUUCUGAAGCAGAUCAUCUGUAGUAACACUUUGCUUACAAAAUGACCACAGUAACAUUGAUUGAUGAUUGAUCAGUCAGUUACACUAAUUAGAGAUCAAUCUGGCUAUCGUCUUCAGUAGAAUAAAUAUAUAUGUUGUAACUGACAGUUUAGCAAAGAAUGAGGAAAUGUUAAAAAUAAAAGUCAUUUUCCUUGUGAAAGCAUCUUGCUCUGUUACACUUUCCAGAUCUUUCAACUUGUGUUUAUUAUACAUGCAAGCACCAAAUAUUAAUUUAAAAAUAUGAACUUGAACUCUGGGUUUUAAAAGAUAAUUUGGUGAUCCUUUGUGUUAUAAUCAUGACACAAAUAACCACUGAUAAACACCAACUGUAUACACAAACUCCGCAGACUUUGAAAAGUAUCAUUUAACCUCACUUUUAAGGAGUCUUCUCUUUUCUGUAGGCUUGUGGUCUCUAAGUAAAAAUUUGGCAGUAUAUUUGUUAGUUUUUGAUCCCAGAUAAGUUAUUUCUCUUGCGUUCAUAGAGAUUGGUUUCUUCUGAAAAUAAAGAUUUUUGCCUGUACAUGUCAGGGGUGCUGGUCAGAACUGUGGAGGAGGAAAAAAGCAGAAUUAAAUUUAUGUUACAGAUUUAAGCUAUAAUAAAAUGAAUCCCAAUUAAUUACACAGUAGCCAGUGUCAGGUGUCAAGACUGCUCCCUGGAGAGCAGCCCCAUGCUCUCAAACUGCAGAAACCUGAAUGAACAAUUCAGACCAAAAGGUCCUUACCUCAAACCCAGGUAACCUGAAAAUGACACUGUACAGACAUCCAUAUUACCAAGAAUAAUUGUAAGUAUUACUUUAUGUGAAAAUUGUACAAAAAUUGACAGUCCUAAGCUUAAACUUACAGUGCUAGAAUUCUUAAACAUUUUGUUUACUCUCUUCUCCAUUAUCACUGAUCUUUCAUUUCUUUUAUUUGCCUUCUGAGAAGGUACUGUUUCUUAUCAUAAAGAAUCAGGAACCUGAUUUUACUUGCCCUUAUUUUGUGGGUAUUCCUAGAAUAUGAACAGCAUCAUGAGUUCCAUUAUUUCUAACCUGUUUGAUCAAAAAGGUAAAAUUUGAUUUUUGUUCAUU